AAGGUGAGAGGUCAAUGGAGAUAGUGGGGGUGUGCUAGCAGACAUUUCUAACAUCAUUUUCUUCUCAUCUUUCUUUCACAGAUUCCUCCAAUCUUAAACGUCUAUGAAUCCACUCUUUUUAGGUUCUUUUUCCGUCAACUACAGCCGCUGCAACUUGCAAGGGCAGUGUCAGCUUCUAUAGUACUCAUAAAAUUAAUCUUAUUUUAGCAGUAAGUUCUGGGGUCAAACCAUAAUAUACCCACAUGUUUGGUGAUUGUCUUCCUGCUUGAAUUUUUUUUUUUUGGAAUUUUAGGACUUUCUUUCAUAUAAAGACUAGAUUUCCUGUCAGGUUGUUUUGCAUGGGGUGAAGUUAAGCUUGUUUUUAUUGAUUUGAUGUGUGAAUUUGGAAUCUUUGUUUUCUGGAAACUGGUUGGUAUUUAAGAGAGGGAAAAUAAACUCUGUUUUGAAGUAGAAACUGAGAAUCUUUGAGGAAUUUUGUUUGCUUCUUUCUCCUUGUGGUUAUUGAGAAAAUUUUCCUUAUCUUCUUUAGUCUGGGUCUUCUGUUUUGCCAUUCUCAAUUGCUGGAUAAGAUAGCAUCUUUUCUUUCUCUUUUUCUUUUUCCCUUUUCCUUUUCUUUCCCUCACUAUCUAAAGCUCCUUAAAAUUCAUCUGUCCUGUAGUCAAUUUGGAGCUUACUGGGUUUCUUUUCUUCUUAUCCCCAAGCCUCUUCAUUUUCUGGUGAUGUUUCAAUAGAUUUGACAGUGGGUCUAUCGGUUUUGGAUGUUAUGUUGCUGGAUAGCUUCUACGAUGUCCAUGAACUGUUUGAUCAAUUGUCAAUUUAAGUGCACCGAGGCUAGUCUCCUUGGCGAUAGUAGUACCAAGAUGGGGUUCACAUGCUGGGAUAAAAUCUCAACUUAUAGUUUCAAGAUCCACCAUCACUACUACCAGUUUAUUGGUUCCAAGAGAGUUAGCAAAACUUGGUGGAGAAAGCUCUUGCUUUUAUGGGUCAUUGGUUGGACUGUAGUCUCUAUUUGGAUCUUCUGUUAUAUGAGUUCUCAAGCUACCGAAAAGAGGAGGGAGACUCUCGCUAGCAUGUGCGACGAGAGAGCUCGGAUGUUGCAAGAUCAGUUUAAUGUAAGCAUGAACCAUAUCCAGGCUAUGUCAAUUUUGAUCUCAACUUUCCACCAUGGCAAAAACCCUUCUGCUAUUGAUCAAAUGACUUUUGCAAGGUACACGGAGCGAACUGCUUUUGAAAGGCCCCUCACAAGUGGUGUGGCAUAUGCUGUAAGGGUGCUCCACUCUGAAAGGGAACAAUUUGAAAAGCAUCAAGGAUGGACUAUUAAGAGGAUGGAUACACUCGAAAAAAAUCCUGUUCAUAAGGAUGACUAUAAUCCCGACCUCUUUGAACCAUCGCCAAUUCAGGAAGAAUAUGCACCUGUUAUCUUUGCGCAGGAUAUCAUAUCACAUGUGAUUUCUAUUGAUCUGCUGUCGGGAAAGGAAGAUCGCGAGAAUGUAUUGCGUGCAAGAAAAUCAGGAAAGGGGGUGCUGACAGCUCCUUUUCCAUUACUCAAAACAAAUCGUCUCGGAGUUAUUUUGACAUUUGCAGUCUACAAGAGGGAUCUUCCCUCGAAUGCAACUCCUAAUGAGAGGAUUCAAGCAACUAAUGGGUAUCUUGGUGGAGUGUUCGAUGUCGAGUCACUUGUGGAGAAGUUGCUACAACAGCUUGCAAGCAAACAAAAAAUACUUGUCAAUGUGUUGGACACAACUAAUCAGUCUUACCCUAUUAGUAUGUACGGCUCAAACGCAUCAGAUGAUGGGUUGGAGCUUGUCAGCCAUCUUAAUUUUGGAGAUCCUUUCAGAAAGCACGAGAUGCGCUGCAGGUUUAAACAAAAGCCACCAUGGCCGUGGCUAGCAAUAACCACUUCAAUUGGCAUCCUUGUGAUUGCAUUACUUGUUGGGCAUAUAUUUCAUGCAACUGUUAAUCGAAUUGCGAAGGUAGAAGAUGAUUGUCACAAGAUGAUGGAGCUCAAAAAACAGGCUGAGGCAGCUGAUGUGGCCAAAUCUCAGUUCCUUGCUACUGUUUCACACGAGAUUAGAACCCCAAUGAACGGUGUGCUGGUUUUUCUUACAGGAAUGUUGCAUAUGCUUAUGGACACGGAUUUAGAUGUUACACAACUUGAUUAUGUCCGAACUGCACAAGCUAGUGGAAAGGCUCUGGUUGCGCUUAUAAAUGAGGUUUUGGAUCAGGCUAAGAUCGAAUCUGGUAAGCUAGAGCUCGAGGAAGUGCAGUUUGAUCUACGAGCAGUCUUGGACGAUGUCUUAUCACUCUUUUCAGGGAAGGCUCAAGACAAAGGAGUAGAGUUGGCAGUUUUCAUUUCAGAUCGAGUGCCUGAGAUGCUAAUUGGCGAUCCCGGGAGAUUCAGACAAAUCAUCACCAAUCUCAUGGGAAACUCGAUUAAGUUCACAGAGAAAGGGCACAUCCAUGUUACGGUUCAUCUUGUGGAGGAGGUGAUUGAUUCUAUAGAAGUUGAGACUGAAUUUUCAUCAAACAAUACCUUGAGUGGUUUUCCAGUUGCGGAUAGACGCCAGAGCUGGAAAGGAUUUAGAACUUUCAGUCAAGAAGGAUCCAUUCAUCCUUUCUCUGACAGCAUUAAUAUUAUUGUAUCAGUCGAAGAUACAGGAGAAGGAAUCCCUAUAGAAGCACAGUCUCGUGUUUUCACACCUUUUAUGCAAGUGGGCCCUUCUAUUUCCCGAACACAUGGAGGCACGGGCAUCGGACUAAGCAUAAGCAAGUGUUUGGUUAAUCUAAUGAAGGGAGAAAUUGGUUUUGUUAGCAUUCCUAAGAUUGGUUCUACCUUUACAUUUACUGCUGUUUUCACCAGUGGCUCUUCUAGUUCGAAGGAGUACAAGAGCCAGCAAAUCAACAACCAGACUAACUCAGUUUCCUCAGAGUUCCGUGGGAAGAGAGCAUUAGUUGUGGAUCCUAGAUCUGUCCGGGCCAAAGUGUCAAGAUAUCAUAUCCAGCGGUUGGGAAUUCAUGUUGAAGUAGUUUCCGAUUGGAAACAAGGUUUAUCUAGCAUAAGCCGAGGUAGUAGUGCUUUCAACAUGGUUCUCAUCGAACAGGAAGUUUGGGAUCAAGAUCUAAAUGGUUCAGCUCACUUCAUUGAUAACUUGGAGAAAAUAGCUAUUACUACUCCGAAGGUAUUCCUUUUGUCCAAUUCUAUCAGUUCUUCCCGAGCAAAUACUACUACGUCUGGUGUUUGUAACUUGACCGUCAUCCCGAAGCCCUUGAGGGCUAGCAUGUUGGCGGCAUCUCUACAACGAGCCAUGGGUGAUGGGAACAAAGGGAAUCCUCGUAAUAGGGAGGUACCUAGCCUAUCUCUUCGGAAUCUUCUUCUUGGGAGAAAAAUUCUAAUUGUAGAUGACAACAACGUGAACCUAAAAGUAGCUGCUGGUGCUUUGAGAAAAUAUGGAGCUGAUGUGGUUAGUGCUUCAAGAGGAAUGGAAGCUAUUGAACUGCUUACACCGCCUCACCGGUUUGAUGCCUGUUUCAUGGAUAUCCAAAUGCCUGAGAUGGAUGGGUUUGAAGCUACAAGGAGAAUUCGGGAUUCGGAACAAAAUAUCAAUGACCGUAUUCACUUUGGAGAAUUAUCAGUCGAAACUUAUGACAACAUUUCAAACUGGCAUGUACCAAUUUUGGCUAUGACUGCAGAUGUUAUCCAGGCCACACAUGAGGCGUGCCUACGGUGUGGAAUGGAUGGAUAUGUAUCUAAACCAUUUGAAGCUGAGCAAUUAUACCGGGAAGUUUCACGAUUUUUCCAUUAGGCAUCAGAUCAGAAUCGUUAGAAAGGACUUCUGCGCAUGACUUGCUGAUGGCAUCAAUACAACCGCCCCUUCUAUGGCAUGCUUUGAGAUACCUUAAUAAGUCGCAAUUCUUCCCAAGAGAAAAAACGUGUUUUUGUAGCAGGGUGUAUAUAAAAUCAUGCUUGGGUAUGGGAUUUUCUUGUAUUUUACAAAGCAGUUAACAAAGGUUGUAGAUCCUUUUUCAUUUUAGCCUGUAAAGUUGGUCACAAUCACAAGCCUUCCAUCAGGGUUGGUGAAGUCAGAUUUCUGUGCAGUAAAAAAAAAAAAAACGGAUUUUAACUUAGGGUAAAAACAAAAUUACCAUAUUGAAAUGAAUGGAAGAAAAUCAUAUUCCUUUGAGUGUA